AUGCCAUCAACAACAUAUUCGCUUGCAAGCAACCUGUUCAGCAUCUACGCUGGCUUGCCUAUCUUUUGUCUUGGUACUAUCGGAAAUCUGAUCAAUCUUGGUGUAUUAUUCUCUGCUCGUUCGAUACCAUGUUCAUUUUUCUUGUUAAUCUCUUCGUUUUUCAAUAUAAUCACUCUCUCCACCGGUCUUCUUCCACGAGUACUGUCCAUAGGCUUCAACAUCGAUGCAUCAUCGACAAACAUCGUUUGGUGCAAAAGCCGACUGUUUUUUUCUUACAUAGGCUCUCUCACUUCUAUCACAUGUAUCUGCUUGGCAUCCAUCGACCGAUAUCUAAUGUCGUGUCGAGCCGCUACGCGGCGCAAUCGAAGUACACUGAGAGCGUCGAAAAUUGCUGUCAUGGUAGCAGUUUUGAUGAUUAUAGGAAUGAAUAUUCCUUAUUUAGUUUACUUUACAAUUGUUGAAACAAAAACAGCAGCUGGUAGUAUUACAAAACAAUGUUCACUAGCAAAUUCCAACAUUGUUCAAUAUGGAAACUAUGUUCUUCGACCGGUUUUUCUUAGUAUUCUGCCUGGCACAAUACUGAUUAGCACUGGUUUCUUUACUUAUCGUAACCUUACAUCAAUUACUGGUGUUCGAUUACGUGGAACAUUUCAACGAAAUUUAACCUCGAUGAUUCUCUUACAAAUCUUCGUCGUUGUCAUUCCAAUCAUACCAUUUGCAACGAUGAAUAUCUAUUUAGCAAUCACGUCAUCAAUGGUUAAAACAUCGAUUCAAGUAGCACAAGAAACGUUAGCUUCUGAUAUCGGAAAUAUCAUUCUAUAUGUUAGUUAUGCAUCGAAUUUCUACGUGUAUCUCAUUUCAGCGUCAUCAUACCGUAAGAAUUUCGUACAAUUGAUUAUGCUUCACCAAGUGCCGAAACAAUGGAAUAAUCAUAUUGGAAUUAUGACGAGAGAAUAA